UUAAAAGGUAAACGGAGACGGUUCUUCAUCGCUUGCGACUCCAUCACGAAGCAGCAGCAGAAGCAGCACCGUCAGGGCCCAGCCGUGUUAAACCUGGUCCUACAGCAACAGAAGCCGCGUCCUUCGAGCACUUUGGUCUGUGUUCCACCGGAGCGCGUAGGAAGCUGUAACUGUCUGCAGCCAUGCUCGAGACCAGUAAUGACGACCUGUUCCUGCCCACCUACCAAGACGAGGAGCUGGUUGACAAGCUGCUGCUAAAUGAGUCCGAUGGCGAGCGCGGCAGCGGCGGCGGCGGCGUCUCGCUGGCUAAGGCGCUGCUUCCUCUGGUAGAGUCGUCCUCCCCACCCCUCAUCCCGUGGGUCUGCUCCACUCGAUACAAGACCGAGCUCUGCACCAGCUACUCUACCAGUGGUUUCUGCAAAUACGCCGAGCGCUGCCAGUUUGCCCACGGCCUCCAUGAGCUCCACGUACCCUUCCGCCACCCGAAGUACAAGACGGAGCUGUGUCGCAGCUAUCACACGAAUGGCAACUGUUACUAUGGAAGUCGGUGCCUGUUUGUCCACAACCCCACUGAACAGCGUCCCACCCAGCGGCGCCGCAGGAACGUCCCCUGUCGCACCUUCCGCUCCUUUGGCAUUUGCCCCUUUGGCACCCGCUGUAACUUCCUGCACGUUGAAGCAGCGGAUACGAGCGUCAACGUGGGCUCGCCUGACGUUCCUGACAAGACGCCACCUGCUAACGACUUCCCACUCCAACCACAGUCCAAGGAAUGGAGGCCUCGUGGUGCGUUGUGUCGCACGUUCAACUCCCUUGGUUUCUGCCUCUAUGGCACCCGUUGCCGUUUCCAGCACGGCCUCCCCAGCAAGAUUAAAACCGCCGACCAGAGCCAAAGGGGGUCCUUCAACCGUCCUUCUCUGGGCAGUUCAGGUUUACCGUCCCCCACCUUCACGUCCGCUUCUCCAGACUCGUCAACGUCCUCCUCGCCCCCGUCUACCCCCCCACUCGCCACGCCGCCUGCCGAAGCCAUGGCGCACAACGCCUUCACGUUCUCCAGCCAGCAUCUGAGUGACCUGCUGCUGCCACUGGCCCUGCACCUGCAGCAGCUGGAGAGCAGCAAGGCCCAGGAGAUCUGGAACAACAGGGCACUCUAACGGAAUGUGGUCAUCGUCAUUAGAACCAGCAUUAGCACUGAAGACGACUAAAUCUACUGCAAUUUAUUUGUUCUCAUUUUAAAUUUUUUUUCAUUUGAACUUAUCGAAAUGUUUGUCUGCACUAGUUUAAGAUAUCAGUGCUCUCUACAAUCACUGAUUUUUAUUGUACAUACAUCAUGAUUAAACCAAGUAAAUGAGAUGUCUGAGUUUAUCAUGAAUAAACUAAUUUUUAAUCUA